AUGGAAUUGGAGAAAACAAUUGCUCUGUUUCUUCUCUUGUGCUAUUUAAUUAGCACAACAAGCACAGCUUGCUUCACAUCUGCAUGUAGCAAAGAUAAACCAUUAAUCCGAUUCCCUUUUCGUCUCCGUAAUUACCAAUCUCCAGAUUGUGGCUAUCCAGGAUUCAACUUAUUCUGCGAUGCAUUAAAUAGAACAAUUAUUCGAUUACCAGGUUCGCCAGGAGAAUUCACAGUGGAAGCCAUAAAUUAUUCUACACAGGAAUUAUGGCUUAACGAUCCUAAUGAUUGCCUUCCUCAGCUUCUCCUGAACUUAAAUCUCUCUGCUUCCCCUUUUUUGGGAGUUUAUUAUCAGGAUUUCACAUUGUUCAAUUGCUCCUUUGAUUAUACGACGCUUAAGCUAAAUCCAAUAGCUUGUUUGAGUGGUUUGAAUUAUACUGUUUAUGCUACAUCUUCUAUGAGGGGAUUUAACUUGUUGUCGAGAUCGGAGUGUAAAUCGAUUGGAACUUUACCGGUUCCUGUACAGUGGCCUUUCUUCGAACAGGUGGUGUCCUCCGAUCUUAGUGAUGCUAUUCUGGUCACAUGGAAUAAUCCAGAUUGUAGAAUCUGUGAGUCAAGUGGUGGAAGAUGUAGUUUGAAGAGGACAACGUUUAAUCGAGAAAUCAUUUGUGAAAAUAGUCGUGGAAUUGCAUUUCCUAGAGGCGCGCGUUACGCUAUAAUUGUGGGAGCUGGGGUACCAGCAAUGUUAUUCUUGAUUGGGCUUCUAUGUUUCAUAAGUGGAAGGAUAAGGUCUUGCAGGAGAAGAGCCCAACCAGUACUAGAAUUCAGUUCUGCCGUUGCACCACAACCUAUCGUAUUUACGGGCUUAGAUGGGCCCACAAUAGAAUCAUAUCCCAAAACUAUAUUGGGAGAGAGCAGACGUUUGCCCAAGCCUGAUGAUAAUGUCUGCUCAAUUUGCUUGGCUGAAUAUCAGCCCAAAGAGACUUUAAGGACCAUUCCUGAAUGCCUACACUGUUUCCAUGCAGACUGCAUAGACGAAUGGCUUCGAUUAAAUGCUUCUUGUCCAGUUUGCCGCAAUUCCCCUAUGUGUGUUCAUGGCACUGUAUAAUAUGAUUUUGAAAAUUUCGAUUCGAUAAUUUGAAAUGGUAUAUCAUUACCAUAUUGAAUUAGGUGGAUAUGGUUCAGUUUUGAUUUGUGUAGUACUGUAAUUAUGGUUUAUUCGAUUUCAACUUA